AUGUCAAUGCGAUCUUAUAUAUUGGGUAAGCCCAGCCGGUUGGGAUCGUUAUUACCAAAAGUUGGUUUUAGACAACAGUCGCAUACCCCCCCACAAGUACCGAAAUCACAUUUCCAGGACCUUGAUAACCAUCCACUUCCGUAUGCUUUCAAAAUGCCACGCCAGGGGCCACAGAAUAUUACUUAUAAUUCAGCGGUAGCAAAAGAGCUCUCUAUUGGAGAACUAUUCACAGAUAAAUCGACACGAAAAUCCACCUUCCGUAUCCUAGCUAUAGUUACAUUGCUUCAAGUCGUGCUAUUCUACGUAUCUUCGAAAUCGUUGCUAGAUGAGUUGGACGACACCGACGAGAAACUGAUGGAGCUAUGGGGAUUCUAUGAACGACGGGAUAUAUCACAAACAGUCAUGGCCGUUCAUAUAGGCCAACUAAAACAACAGCUAUUGGCUGCCGGUUUAAAACCAGUAACACCAUCCCAGGCACUAUUGGUAUCACAGCAUUUGCUCAGUUUUGCCAGAGAUCAGGAAACAGGAAACCUACUGAUAUAUGUUGACCCUAAUUCGUCCAUCUACAAUUUGGUUCCUUUCAGUUAUGAAUACGAUAUUCAAAAGAUUCCAAAACUCGACACCGUAGUUGAGAAAACAUGGAACGAUUAUAAUCAGGAGAAUAAAGGAUCCAGAGAGAUAUCAAAAUAG